AUGGAUAAUAAUGACAGUUUUAGACAAACUCCAAUAUCAGAUGGCCCUCAGAGAACAUUUACACAACUGCUUCCUAUAGAACAGGAGGUGGUGGACUUUUUAGUGAGGCUACAUGACAAUUUGUACAGGAAAAACGCAGAAGCACUCAAAAAUUUAUACGAGCAAGAACUAAAUGUGAUAACUGAUAAGUACUUCAAGUCGUCACGCUGGCCUUCCAUAUCAGAUGUGGCAGGAUUCUACAGCCAAUCAGGAAGAUUCCACAACUUGAUAAUGGCAUUAUACGCAGAAAUAUACUACCGACACGCGUUUUAUCUAGGAGAAGCAAGCUAUGAAGAUAGAGUGGAUUCCUGGAAUAAAUAUGUGAGGCUUUUAACAUACUUCAUAGAAGAAUGUAAUAAGCCUGAAGGAAGCGAGGGACUGAGUGGACUGACAAUCCCAUCAUCUUGGGUCUGGGACAUGCUCGAUGAGUUCGUGUAUCAGCUGCAAGAGAGCUGCCACUGGAAAGUCAGGUUUUGCUCGUCUACAGGAAGCAUCGGAUAUGAUGCGGCGGAAACAAAGGCAGAAAUUGAACAGAGGAUACAAGAAACUAUGGGUAUCUGGUGCGUUCCAGUAGCCUUGGAACUUUUACACGAGCUGGCAAACAACCCAGUGUUCAAAUCAGCCUGCCAAUCAUCAAAGGAUUUAAAUUUGGAUACAACAAGCCUGAAUUAUCAACUUGGAUAUUUCGCAUCAAUUUGCCUACUGAGGCUUCACGUGUUACUGGGAGACUAUUAUACUUCACUCACAAUGGCUUCAAACGUGGAUUUAUCUCCAAGAAGCCUGUACUGGAAGAUUCCAGCGUGCAAUGUUACGCUCAUUUACUAUUUGGGGUUUGCGUUCAUGAUGUUAAGGCGUUACAACGAUGCAAUUAGAAUCCUUUCACAGUUGUUGAUUUUCUUGACGAAACAAAGAAGCUAUCUAGUCUCUCAAAGCUACCAGCAAAGCGCUAUGAGCAAGCAGACUGAAAAAAUGUAUCUCAUUAUCAUAAUAUGCCACGUUACGACAAGAAUAAAACUCGACGAAACGGUACUACAAACAAUUAAGGAGCAGUAUGCCAACAAAUUCUACCAGUUACAAGUGGAUAAUGAAGAUUCAUUUCGUGACGUAUUUCUAAAGGCGUGCCCAAAGUUUAUUGACCCAGCAGUUCCAACCCUAAAACUAACCGAAGCAUCAAGCGUGAAUGAGCCACUUCAGAGGCAGGUUCAGAUCUUCCUCGAGGAAAUUAACAAACAGAGGAAAGUAAACGAAAUCUAUUCCUACGCAAAGCUGUACCAUAAUAUUAGUUUAAAGAAAUUGGGUGUUCUCAUGAACCUUGGAGAUGACCCAGAACUACUCCGCUCUCAGAUUCUCUGUGCAAAGCACCAUGUGAGACAGUUCGUGUCAAACUCCUUUUCACUCUAUCACACGAACCUUCUUCAGACCUUCGGUGACAGAGAUGACCUUUAUAUUGACCAGAACGUUCUCCAUAUAAAGAGUAAAAAGAACCAAAAGAUAUAUGCAGAAUACUUCCUUCAGCAAAUCAACAAGUGCAAACAAACCCUGAAUAACCUUCAGUCUAAGAAGGAAGACCAACAGAAUAGGAAGGAGAAGGUUAAUGUGGUAUCACAAUAA